CGCUUCCUUCGGGCGGCGAGAGCCCGGCGGGAGCGGCCUGCGGGCCGCUGGGCUCCCCCGCGGCGGAGCCGUGAGCGCUGGCGGCUGCGCGCCCCGGCCCUCCGCCCCCCCCGGGGAGAGACCCGCGGAGCUCCCCGCGGCCUAAAAUCAUCCGGGGAGGUGGGGGGGGGUGGUUGGGGGUCGGCUGCUGCGGUGUGGGGGCCGCGGGGGAGCGGGCAGCAGCCGGCCGAGCAGGCGCGGGGCAGGGCUUCCGAGGCGGUGCCCUCGGCCGGUGGUUUUUCUCGCCUGCGUUGCCUCGCCCGUUGGCGCGGUGCGAAAACCGAGCGUGCCGGCUGGGGUGUUUCGUGCCCCGGUACGGAGGGAGGCACAGGUGGGAGCCCAGUGCUGGUAACUGUAAGCACGCCCGUGUAUGCGCAACUCGGGGCCGGAGUAAACGUUUUGGUGAAAUUCUCCCGAACUGAAACAUUUCGGCCGUGUGAAAAGUUCCCUUUCGUUCGAGCUCUGAAAAGCGUCGUCGUGCGUGAUUUGAGAAGCACUGGGGCGGUGAACUAGCAUAUGCUCUCAUUUAAGCCCCAUGCACGGCUUAAGUACUUCAGUGAGCAAAUGUGUAAAGAUUUGCAUGAUGACCAUGCUGACCUGUCUUUUCAGACAGGCCUGAGAGUUACCCCCCAGAACUACCACUGGAAAAUACAGCUGAAAUCCAGUAGUACUCUGCCUAAGACUGAAAUAAUAAGCAGCAUGCUCACUGUGAAGAGACUUCUCAGCACCUCACACUCAUCGGUGGAUUCAGAGGAAAUGAAAAAAUUCAGGCGCCUUGCACAUAAGUGGUGGGAUGAAGAAGGAGAAUAUUCAGCCCUUCAUUCUAUGAAUGAUAUUAGAGUGCCCUUUAUUAGAGAUACUCUGUUGAACAUGAGUAGUAAUUAUCAUGUGGGAAAUCCACUUUCUGGAAUAAAGAUUCUCGACGUUGGCUGUGGCGGUGGACUGCUAAGUGAGCCUUUAGGUAGACUGGGAGCUUCAGUUACUGGAAUUGAUCCUCUGGAGGACAACAUUAGAACAGCAGAUCAGCACAAGUCAUUUGAUCCGGUCCUGGCCAAGAGAAUACGGUACAAGUCCAGUUCACUGGAGGAGAUUGUGGAAGAGUCUAUGGAAACCUUUGAUGUAAUUGUAGCUUCUGAAGUAGUGGAGCAUGUGGCUGACCUUGAAAUGUUUAUCAAGUGUUGCUCUCGGGUGUUAAAGCCUGAAGGUUCUUUAUUCAUUACUACAAUCAAUAAAACACAGUUGUCCUAUGUCCUGGGAAUUGUGGUUGCAGAAAAAAUAAUGGGCAUUGUACCAGAAGGAACACACGAGUGGGAGAAGUUUGUUCCCCCUGAAGAGCUGGAGCGCCUCCUGGAAUCAAAUGGCUUUUCGGUCAAGACUGUGAAUGGGAUGUUGUAUAAUCCCCUCUCGGGGUCAUGGAGCUGGAUGGAAAGCACGAGCGUUAACUAUGCAGUGCACGCUGUGAAAUCUGGGGCUCAGGGACAGCGGAGCCCGACAGACGCCCCGUCAGAGCCAGAAAGGGAAGAGUCCUCAGCCACAGCUGGCUCUGCCGUGUGACAGAGGUGUGAGGCGAUGGACGGCCACCAGCAACAGGAAAGGGGGUUUUACCCAGAUGGACAUAAUAAAACAUUUUGUAAUAACAA